CCGCGAGGUCGGUAUUGAUGGUAGAGUAGCCCGACUGCCGUUCGAGACAGGAGUAGAUGGUUGGAAAGAAGUAGAGGAACUCAUGCAAAUGCAGACUAUGCAUAAAUUGGAAUCGUAUACUCGUAUUGAUAGCAUUGAGGAGACUCCUUCGCCUGGAUCUGCAGACUCAACUGAAGAGCUCAGGAAGGCCUUUUGGGAAGGUUAUUCUAUGAGCACAGACGAGGCAAGAGCCUUCGUCCUUGAGUGCUGUGGUGGGGAAGCUCUGAAGAACAUAGGAAUGUUCAUCGACAUUCACAGAGCGAACGCUGGCGUUGUGGACUCGCCGACUUGGAACCACGUUUUGGUAUGUGAACUGGCGUCUUCUUUCACUAAGAGUGACGUUAAGAAAAUACGAGGGGCUAUGCUCCGAAUCACUGAGGAGGAGGAGGUGGUAGUCUGCUCAGUGAGCUCUAAGUUUUUCGCGGAUAAGACUAUGCUGAGCUUGUCAUCGGACGCCGAGACUAGCGCUAUGCUUGCUGAAGUACUCGAUGGACAAGGAGUGAGGAAGUUCAUGAGCUUCUAUAUGGCAGGAUACUCCCCUGAAGUUUUGGAUAUGCGUUUCCGAGUGCCCUCGGGAGUUUCCGUUGAAACUCAUCUUGAAGAUUUCAGAGCAAGGAUUCGCUUGAAGUUGAAGGAGGUGCAGUUUUCAUUCAAUUCAGAGGAGAACGCUGACCAGGAGACGUAUCCAGUUCGAGUGUCCUGGUGCCGAGCCUACUCCCAGACUGGCCUCAUAGGGCGGGCGCGAUGGCGCUUCGUCUUGCAUAAGGUGAAUAUCGACAUGCCCACAUUACAAAGUCAUCUCGAGCGAAAGCUGAAACUCCCGCGAGAUUCUCUGCACUUUGCUGGGCUGAAGGACAAAAGGGGACUCACAUAUCAGUUCGCCACUUUACCAGCAACACACAGCCCAGCAGAGAUCCAGUUCGCCAUAGAGGAUCUAUGCAGCACUCUCAAGCGGGGUUGGGCACAAGUUGAUAAUUUCGAGGCCGAUAACACGUCCCGGAAGCUCCAGUAUGGGAUGCUCAUGGGCAAUUUCUUCCGCGUGCGCGUUCGUGGAGUACAAAAGGGCGCGUCGGAGCGGCUGGAGUCCCUGCGGAAAGUCGGCUUUAUCAACUACUUUGGUCUGCAGCGUUUCGGAUGGGCACUGGAUGGAGGCUCUCAACAUGUUCGUAUCGGUGGAGCCAUUUUAUGUAAGGACUACAAGAGGGCUAUACGGAACUGGAUGAAGCCACCGGAAGGGGACGACACUGUGCAAGCUGAGGUCUUCAGGCAAUGGUUACUGGAUGGCGAUUCGGCAAAGGCUGUAUCUGCACUCAGGCAUCUGUCCACUGAGAACAAUAGAGACCUCAACUGGUGGAUCGAUGCGCUUCUGAUUGUUGGUGAUGACGGCGAACAUUGGAAGUAUCGUCAAGCAGUAAAAAGGCUCCCGCGAAGUGUUAUUCAUCUCUUUCCCAAUGCAUACACUGCGUGCUUAUGGAAUCGCCUCGCGAGCCGGCGUAUAAAGACAGGAGGCUUGACUGUGCAGGUGGGCGACCUCGUUGCUGUUGGCGCUGGGGACAACUUAGAGGAGCUUGCGCUUGUCCAGUCCGAAGAGGAGGCGAGAAAGUUUGCAUUGACUGACAUUCGGAUACCUCUGCUGGGUAUGUCGACAGACCGUUGCCCUGUACGCGAGGCCGGAGUAGACGUUCAAACACUGUAUCGCGAUCUGAUUGAAGAAUCAGUAAACCUCGGCGAGAUAGGUCCAUGGGCACGGGAGGGUAUCGACUUCGACCUCACCCCUAAUGUUGGAUGCCGAGUUGUCAUCAAAACCAUAGCGCGCCCUCUGGUGGUGAAGCCGGUGGCACUACAUUCUGAGGAGGAAUGGAAACUUGACUGGGGAGAAAACAUCAAGCGGAACAUGCUCCUGGAUUUCUACCUGCCUCGUGGAAGCUAUGCGACGAUGCUCUUACGCGAGCUUGGGGUUCACCAAGAUCUUGGGCAGCUUGGUGGCGGCGAUUGAAUCGGUUGAAUUGACAUGUUCUGCACGA